CUCCUGGGGACGCACCAGGCAGCCAAUGGAUGCGCAGAGGUGUACAGCAGAUGGCGUCCGACUGCGCCGUUCCUUCCUCCUCCUCCUCCUCGUCCUCCUCUUCCUCCUGCUUCAGUGCUGAGCAGCCAGAGUCGCAGCCGGGUUGCCAGACGCUGGAAUGGGUGGUCUCCCGACACACACCACCAUCUUCACUGGGGAAGCUCGGGGCUCGGCGGCUCCCAGAAGCUGCAGCUGCGGCUCGGGCGAGGCUGGAUUAGGCAAGUGAAGAGCUGAGAAGUCUGAAGAAUGUUUCCAAGGAGUGAUCUGGCCGUCACUCACUGGGUUUCGAGGAGCAUGAGGAAGCUCUUUCUAGUGCUUUCUCUCCUGCUGUCCCAAGCAGCUCAUUUGGAAGGCAGGAAGGACAAUCAGUUCAUCUGGAAAACAGGUCCCUGGGGAAGGUGUGCAGGUGACUGCGGACCAGGCGGAACCCAGAGUCGCGCCGUGUGGUGCUUUCACAUAGAAGGGUGGACCAGUCCCAUGUCGAACUGUGAAGAGAGCAGCCGACCUCCGAAGGAAAGGAGCUGUUUCCGCGUGUGUGACUGGCACAGUGACCUGUUCCAGUGGGAGGUUUCAGACUGGCACCGCUGCCUGCUGGUUCCUGGGGCCCAAGGAGAGCCCAGGCCUCGGGCUGUGGAAUGCGUGACCGCGCAGCACGGUCUACAGCACCGGACAGUGCGCUGUCUUCAGAAGCUCAACAGAACCAUGGUGGCCAGUGAGAUCUGUGAACACUUUGUUCCUCAGCCUCCCGCAGAGCAAGCCUGCCUCAUCCCUUGCCCCAGGGACUGUGUGGUAUCUGAGUUCUCCCCGUGGUCCACCUGCCCCGAAGGGUGUGGGAAGAAGCUGCAGCAUAGAACUCGUGUGGCCAUCGCACCCCCUCUGUAUGGAGGUCUGCAGUGCCCAAAUCUCACUGAGUCCAGAGCCUGCGAGGCUCCAAUUUCCUGUCCUCUUGGGAAAGAGGAAUAUUCCUUCAGCCUUAAGGUGGGACCAUGGAGCAAGUGUAGACUCCCUCACCUUAAGGAAGCCGAGCUCGGCGGAAGCAAUGUCCAGGAUUUUAGCUCUGAUUCAAACGAGCAAGUCACCCUAACACAUCAGAGUUACAAAGCACAGCACCACUCCCAGCCUGGGGCUAUAGAGAUAGGUUUCCAAACCAGGCAGGUGUGGUGUACCAGAAGUGAUGGAAGAAACGCCCUGUUAAGCCUUUGUAUGCGAGAUUCCUUCCCACCUACUGUCCAGCCUUGUGUGAUGCCAAAGGACUGUGAAACUUCUGAAUGGUCUCCGUGGAGCCCCUGCUCCAAGACCUGCCGUUCUGGGACUCUAUCACCCGGAGUGAGGAGCCGGAGCCGGAACGUGAAGCGUAUUGCAGUUGGAGGUGGCCAGGAAUGCCCAGAACUUCUUGAGAAAGAGACCUGCAUUGCUGAAGGGGAAUUUCUGCAGCCAUGUCCCAGGUAUUCCUGGAGAACCUCCGAAUGGAAGGAAUGUCAAGUCUCUCUUCUUCUGGAGCAACAGGACCCACUUUGGCAUAAGACAGGACCAAUCUGCGGUGGUGGGAUCCAGACCCGGGAGGUGUACUGUGCCCAGAGCUUCCCAGCAACCAUCACAUCAAGAACCAAGGAAGUCUCUAGGCCUGUGGAAAGUACCUUAUGCUUGGGACCUGCCCCCUCAGCCUCCCAGCUCUGCAAUGUCCCUUGCUCGACGGACUGCAUAGUAUCUUCCUGGUCAGCCUGGGGCCCCUGUGUUUAUGAGAACUGCCAUGAUCCUCAGGGGAAGAAAGGCUUUAGAAUGAGACAGCGCCAUGUGCUCAUGGAGUCCACAGGGCCCGUGGGGCACUGCCCUCAUCUGGCAGAGUCUGUACCUUGUGAGGAUCCAAUGUGCUAUCGGUGGCUUGCCUCAGAAGGGAUCUGCAUCCCUGAUCACGGAAAAUGUGGCCUGGGACAUCGUAUCCUGAAGGCUGUCUGUCAGAAUGAGCGAGGAGAAGAAGUAUCAGGGGCUCUCUGUCCAGUGCCUCCUCCUCCUGAAAGGAUGGCUUGUGAAAUCCCCUGCCGAAUGGACUGUGUAGUGAGUGAGUGGACAGUAUGGUCAUCCUGCUCCCAGUCCUGUUCAAAUAAAAAUUCAGAUGGGAAACAAACCAGAUCACGUUCUAUCCUAGCUUUGGCUGGAGAAGGUGGAAAGCCCUGCCCUGGUAGUCAAGAACUCCAAGAGUACCGUCUAUGUAAUGAUCACUCCUGUACACAGCUCUACUGGGAGACAUCUGCUUGGGGUUCCUGCUCUGAAAAUACUCUUGUGACUGCCCUCAAUAUGACCAUUGGCUGGAAUGGAGAAGCAACAUGUGGGGUUGGCAUUCAGACACGGAAGGUCUUCUGUAUCAAGAGUCAUGUGGGACAAGUGAUGACCAAAAGAUGUCCAGAGUCUACACGGCCAGAAACUGUGAGACCUUGUUUCCUCCCAUGCAAGAAAGACUGCCUUGUGACUGCUUUCAGUGAGUGGACACCAUGCCCAUGGCCCUGCCAGCCAGGAAAUACCACAAUAAAACAGUCCCGAUACAGGAUUAUCAUUCAGGAAGCAGCCAAUGGAGGUCAAGAGUGCCCAGAUACCUUAUUUGAAGAAAGAGAGUGUGAAGAUAUCUCAUUGUGCCCUACAUACCGGUGGAAGCCACAGAAAUGGAGCCCUUGUAUCCUGGUUCCAGAGUCUAUCAGGCAGGGGAGAACAGGCACCAGUGAGGCAUGUGGGAAGGGGCUGCAGACAAGAGACGUCUCAUGCAUCUCUGAUAAUAACCAGUCUGCAGAAAUGACAGAAUGCCUCAAGCAGAUGAAUGGCAUGCCACCCCUCGUGCAGGAGUGCACCAUUGCCUGCCGGGAAGACUGCACCUUCACCCCUUGGUCUAAGUUCACUCCCUGCUCCAAGAACUGUGAGGCAACCCAGAUCAGGAGGCGGCAGCUCACAGGAAAAAGCAGGAAGAAAGAGAGGUGCCAGGAUGCGUCCCUGUACCCUCUGGUGGAAUUGGAACCAUGCCCCUGUGAUGCAUUCAUGUCUCAUCCUUAUGGAAACUGGUCAGCUUGCAUUCUGCCAGAAGGCAAAAGGGAUCCUCAGCAAGGAGGACUGUGGGUGCAAGGAGACGACAAAGAAUGUGGAGAAGGUGUACGCUUUCGAGCAAUAGCAUGCACGGAUAUAAAUGGAAGACCUGUUGACCCCUCCUUCUGCAACAGCUCUGGUUAUAUCCAAGAAGCAUGUGUCAUCCCUUGCCCAUUUGAUUGCAAAUUAAGUGACUGGUCCAGCUGGGGUUCUUGCAGCUCAUCUUGUGGGAUUGGAGUGAGGAUUCGAUCGAAAUGGCUAAAAGAAAAGCCUUACAGUGGAGGUCGGCCAUGUCCCAAACUGGAUCUCAAGAACCAGGCUCAGGUUCACGAAGCAGUCCCAUGUUACAGUGAGUGCGAUCAGUAUUCCUGGGUUGUAGAACACUGGUCUCCAUGCAAGAUCAACAAUGAGCUGAGAUCCCCACGCUGUGGAAGAGGAACACAAUCCAGAAGAAUCAGGUGUGUGAGUACUGCUGACAGAGAAGGAGGGGCAGUGGACAGGAACCUGUGCAACCAGGAUGAUGCUCCCCCGGAGACCCAGGCCUGUUCUCUUCUGUGUCCUAGUGAGUGCGUCAUGUCUGAGUGGGGAACAUGGAGCAAAUGCCCACAGUCAUGUGACCCCCAUGCAACACAGAGAAGAACUCGGCAUUUGCUGAGGCCCUCGCUGAACUCAAGAACUUGUGGGGAAGACUCGCAGGUGCGGCCCUGUCUGCUCAAUGAAAACUGUUUCCAGUUCCAGUACAAUCUGACAGAGUGGAGCACAUGCCAACUGAGUGAAAACAUUUCCUGUGGCCAGGGUGUGAGGACCCGCCUGCUGAGCUGUGUGCGCAGUGAUGGCAAGCCUGUCAGCAUGGACCACUGUGAGGAGCGUAAUCUGGACAAACCCCAGAGGAUGAGUAUUCCCUGUCUGGUGGAAUGUGUGGUCAACUGUCAGCUCUCAGGAUGGACGACAUGGACAGAGUGUUCACAAACCUGUGGUCAAGGAGGUCGAAUGAGCCGGACUCGAUUUAUCAUUAUGCCAACCCAAGGAGAAGGCCGACGAUGCCCCACAGAACUCACCCAGCAGAAACCCUGCCCAGUGACACCCUGCUAUAGCUGGGUCCUAGGCAACUGGUCUGCAUGUAAAUUGGAGGGUGGAGAUUGUGGGGAAGGAGUCCAGGUGCGCAGCUUUUCCUGUGUCGUCCAUAAUGGCUCAAUAUCCCACACAGCUGUCCAAGUGGAAGACACCCUGUGUGGAGAAGUACCCUUCCAAGAAGGACUCCAGAAGCAGCUGUGCUCUGUGCCUUGCCCAGGAGACUGCCACAUUACCCCAUGGUCCGAGUGGAGCAAAUGUGAGCUAACCUGCAUUGACGGAAGAAGCUUCGAGACCACGGGCCGCCAAUCUAGGUCAAGGACAUUCAUAAUCCAGUCUUUCGAGAAUCAAGAUAGCUGCCCCCAACAGGUUCUAGAAACACGGCCAUGCGCAGGUGGCAAAUGUUAUCACUACACAUGGAAAGCAAGUCUUUGGAACAAUAACGAACGGACUGUGUGGUGCCAGCGAUCAGACGGCCUUAAUGUCACAGGUGGCUGUUCCCCUCAGGCACGCCCUGCUGCUAUUCGGCAAUGCAUUCCAGCUUGCAAGAAACCUUUCUCCUACUGCACACAGGUGAGUUACAUGCUGGGCUCUCCUACAGGAGCUGCUGGAGUAUAUGAAGGAGUCAGUGCCACAGAACCAAAGCUGCAGGACUCUGGUAGCAGUGGGAUAUCCAAAACAAGUCUCAGUGAUGGUCCAGUGUUCAUGGUGCCUCAGAGAACAGAUACCUUGAACCAGACCAGUGACACAUUACCAUGA